AUGCGUUUCUCCAUUGUCGCUUCCAUGUUGACCGGCGUCUCGGCUCUGGUCGUGCCCGCUCCACUCACCGUCAGGGACGAGGUCAAGGCUACUGAUGCUGCUCUGGAGAAGCGAGUCGUUGUGGAGGCUCUCAUCAUGGCAGCAGCCACGGCUGCUGUCGGACAAGUAGCCGUCAGGGCUGUAGAUGCAGCUAUCGACCUCAUCAAAGACGUGAGCGAUUGGACCGAUGCUCGCGAGUCAUUCACACAAAAUGUCACAGCUCAAAUGUGGUCUGAGAAUCCUUCUCCGGGAACAUAUAUCGCCGCUAUCUGCUACAACAUGGGCUAUGAAUUCGCAAACGCCGACCACUCCGAGGUCACUACGGUUGAAUUGAAAUCUGGUAGCCUUCAUACUGACUAUGACUGCAUGUUCAUGCAAAAAGGCAACACAUUCUUCCCUCAAGGUGACGGUGGCUUCAUCAACUAUAGCUACAACAGCGACGGCUCUUGCACACGCACUGAUGGUAGGCUGCUGUCCUUCACUUCCCAUUACAAGCACAAAUUUGUCAAGAUAUCACAUUUUCCCAUCUCCCAACACGCGCCCUCGCGGACAUCUGACCAGAGAUAA